CCAUGUCUGUAGAGGGCGGAAACCGGAAGUAGCCGUCCCUUCGCCGAAUUCGGGGCAGACACGUCGGAGGCAGGCGGGCCUUGCCCGCGAUCCAACCUCGGAGCUUUCACCGUGGAAACAACUCCGGCGCCGGCAAGAAGGCGAGGGGGUGGUGGUGGAAAGGUCCGGCGUCCAGGCCUCGCGUCAGGUCCUCGCGGAGGGGAAGCGAAAUGUCGGACCUCGGGGAGUGGUUCCGGAGUAUCCCGCUCAUCACUCGGUACUGGUUUGCGGGCUCCAUCGCGGUUCCCCUCGUCGGCAAGUUAGGCCUCGUCAGCCCCGUCUACCUCUUCCUGUGGCCCGAAGCCUUUCUCAAUCGCUUCCAGAUAUGGAGGCCACUGACUGCGACGUUCUAUUUCCCUGUUGGACCAGGAACAGGGUUUCUUUACCUGGUGAACUUAUAUUUUUUGUAUCAGUAUUCAUCACGACUGGAAACAGGUGCUUUUGAUGGAAGGCCUGCCGACUACAUGUUCAUGCUGCUUUUUAACUGGAUCUGCAUUCUUAUUACUGGCUUGGCAAUGAAUAUGCAGUUGCUGAUGAUUCCCUUGAUUAUGUCUGUGCUUUAUGUUUGGGCCCAGCUGAACCGAGACAUGAUGGUGUCAUUUUGGUUUGGGACACGGUUUAAGGCAUGCUAUCUACCAUGGGUUAUUCUGGGGUUCAACUAUAUCAUUGGAGGCUCUAUCAUCAAUGAGUUGGUUGGCAACUUGGUUGGCCAUCUGUACUUUUUCUUGAUGUUCAAAUAUCCAGUGGACUUAGGAGGAAGACAUUUCUUGUCAACACCUCAGUUUCUGUACAACUGGCUGCCCAACAGAAGAGGAGGAGUGUCAGGAUUCGGUGUGCCGCCUGCGAGUAUGCGCAGGCCAGCAGACAAUCACCAGGGCGAGGGACGACACAACUGGGGUCAGGGCUUUCGGCUAGGCGAUCAGUGAAAAAAAACGUUCUGCUGCUUUUCCUUUUUUUCUUUGUUGCGUGUGUGAGAAGAAACCUCUUCCACAAGGGAACGACUCCUCCUGUGGAGUGUGCUCAAGGACCAGGUUUGCUCUAGCACUGUUGGGUCUGACCCAUUAAAUUUUUUUUUAUUUCAUCUGCUCCUGGUGGAAGAUGACACAACUGAAGGCACAAGAUAGAUUUUACUCCAGGCUCUUGAAUAGUGCUCCACUCAAUGCUGCCAUUAAAAAGAAAACUAAUUUUUAAUA